CUGCAUCAAGUCAAAUGGCACAAGAAGAACACCUCAGGGAACGAUGUGUCCUGGUCGUUACUCGUGGCUUCCAGUGGUUCUAAUGUAACAGUUGGUGAUGGAUUCAAGCUCCAUGGCAACGGGUCUUUACAGCUGCACGGAGGAAGGGCCGAGGAAGUUGUCACUUACAAGUGUGACGUCACUAAGAAUGUUCCAAGUCGAUUGGACAGACACAUUAUUGUCGUGAAAAGUGUUGAAUGUCGAAGAGAAAAGCGUGAAACUACCGCAGGUUCUCAUGUAAAAACAACCGCUGGUCGUGUUGCUAUGACGACACCCAUUACUGUCACCAUGGAGACAAUCUCUCCUUCGGUUUUCUCUGCUGUCAGUCCUGUGCAUGGUACUAAUAAUAUAUUCUUGGUGUCUGUCAUCAUAAUGGUUUGGCUGCUGAUGAAUCUUAGGGUAAAGUUAUGACCAAGUUGCUGAAGACUGAAUCAGUAUGAAGUCGGGCAAGACUCUUCCCCGUGUGGGAUGAUGGCCCUUCUUGUAACAUGGGAAAGAAAUAUUCCUUGACCAUGAAACUCUUUGUUGGUGAGGAUGCGACUCAGGAUUAACACAACCAACAAACACUGACAAGGAACGGCUCAAUGACUGUGAUGUAGGAACAUAGGACAUUGAAGAUAUUGAUAAUAUAAUCAUAGGACAUUGACCCUGUCUCUGAAUAUUGACGACUCUUAAAACUCCAGUAUAUGCGGGCUAAGCCUUCUGAGGUCUUCUGAGGAACUUCUGGAUUCGAGGCUAAGCCUGCAUACACUGGAGUUUUAAAAGUCGUUAAUGUAAAAAUGGUUUAAAUUAAAAAUAUCCGUGUCGAUUUAUUUAUGAAUAUUUACUUAAUGUAUAUUUCUUCCAGAUAUGAAUAUAUAGAACUAUUAUAUAUGUAUGUAGCAAUUAUAAUUAUGAUCUGCAUUGUGUUAUUUAUUGCGCUUGGUGUGAUACUGAACUGGCGGGUACAGAUUUUUUGUAUAUUUAUGUAUUAUAUAAAUACGAGAUUGAAAGUAUAAAAUAGAACUAUUUUUUAUAAAAAUGACUUUGUUUGUUGGCUG